GGCGGGAUAAUAGCCAUAAUCUUUGGUAUGAAAGUGUACACUUUUGUGAAAUCCGUCAUUACGCACAACUACGUAAUACGUUCGCCCAAUCAGCUAAGGAGCUUGAACCCCAGGAAAAAGGCAGAUGAUAUGGCAGCUUUGUGAGCGACCAGGUGGAACUUGCUUUGUUAAUACGGUUGAACGUCGGAAUAUGAUUGUUUUAUAACGCGGAAACGGGAAGAGGCAACUGCUCGAAAUGAUUUAUUUGAUAGUCAUUUCCGCAUUAUCUGGCGCACUCAUUACAUUGGUAUUACAGUUCUUACUGCUUUACCGGAGAAGCCCCGAGCCUAUAGCCAGGACAGUGCAAUAUGUAAAAGCAGUGCCUGAUCCCGCCUUGAAGGAUUACUUUAAUAACCAACAUGCCGAAUCAGGCCAGCAACAACAAGACAACGCAGCAUCUGCUGCAUCCAAACAGCAAGAGGCCAUCUCUCCCAGGCAACAGGAAGCGGCUGUCACAAGCAGUAGCCCUAAACAACAACCGCCACCGCAUUGUCAAAGCGAGCCAAUCCACACCUCCAAACCGGAGACGUGCAAUUUUCUAAAUGCUAUCUUUUUGUUCCUAUUCAGAGAACUCCGCGACACUCCCGUCGUUAGGCACUGGUUGACCAAAAAGAUCAAGGUGGAGUUCGAGGAACUAUUACAAACCAAGACAGCUGGUCGGCUGUUGGAGGGACUCAGUCUCAGGGAUAUCUCUUUGGGUAAUUCUUUGCCCGUGUUUAAAACGGCCAAACUUAUUAAUCCAGUGCGUUUAAAUGAAGACGGCAUGCCCGAGGAACUCAAUUUCGAAGUGGACCUUGAAUAUAAUGGGGGAUUCCAUCUAGCAAUUGAUGUAGACCUUGUUUUUGGGAAGUCAGCCUACCUGUUCGUAAAGAUGACGCGUGUGGUUGGAAGACUGAAGCUGCAGUUCACUCGCGUGCCUUUUACGCACUGGUCCUUCACGUUCCUUGAGGACCCAUUGAUAGACUUCGAGGUGAAGUCACAGUUCGAGGGAAGGCCCUUGCCUCAGCUCACCUCAAUCAUUGUCAACCAGUUGAAAAGAGUCAUCAAGAAGAAACACACCUUGCCAAAUUACAAAAUCAGAUACAAACCCUUCUUCCCAUUCCAAGUGCAACCUCCCAUUGGAUCCUCCGCCUGUGACUUGGACCUCUCUGUUCAGGACUCAGGAUUGGUUGAGGGUCGGCUUAGGGUCACCCUCAUUGAUUGCAGCAGGCUUUUUAUCCUGGGCUCGUAUGACAGAGAGACCUACGUGCACUGCACACUUUGAGCUGAGCAGCCAUGAGUGGAAAGAGAAGA